UCUUGUGUAACUUCAGUCAGUAUGUCACACUGUGACCCAGCAGUCUUAGGUCCGAUUUGGAGGUCUGGCUGGCCAGCUCAAGGGGGAGCCCAUGGACAAGGCCUGCCGCCAGAGCCUGAGCUAGGACUACCUCCCAAGGACUGCCCAGACCCCCUCUGCUCUGAGCCUUCUGCUGGCAAGUCUGGGCAUCUGAGUCUAAAGAGGUCUAUGGGGAAGCAGGGCCAAGACGUGGCCUCACACUGCUUCUGCCCCCAGCAAGCACCAGAAGGAGGGAGCUCUCAGCCAGGCAAAACCGAGAACACUGUCACCAUGACAACCAGUCACGAGCCUCAGGACAGGUACAAAGCUGUCUGGCUUAUCUUCUUCAUGCUGGGUCUGGGGACGCUGCUCCCAUGGAAUUUUUUCAUGACAGCCACUAGGUAUUUCACAAACCGCCUGGACGAGUCCCAGAAUAUGUCCUCAGUCACUGCCGAGCUGAGCAAGGACACCCAGCCCUCAGCCACCCCCACAGCGCUCUCCCCAGAGCGGACCUCGCUCAGUGCUGUCUUCAACAAUGUCAUGACCUUAUGCGCCAUGUUGCCCCUGCUGUUCUUCACCUGCCUUAACUCUUUCCUGCAUCAGAGGAUCCCCCAGUCUGUUCGGAUCCUGGGCAGCCUUGUAGCCAUCCUGUUGGUGUUCCUGAUCACCGCCAUCCUGGUGAAGGUGCAGCUGGAUGCCGUGCCCUUCUUCAUCAUCACCAUGGUCAAGAUCGUUCUCAUCAACUCGUUCGGCGCCAUCCUGCAAGGCAGCCUGUUUGGUCUGGCUGGCCUCCUGCCCGCCAGCUACACUGCCCCCAUCAUGAGUGGUCAGGGCCUGGCAGGCUUCUUCGCCUCAGUGGCCAUGAUCUGUGCAAUCGCCAGUGGCUCAGAGCUGUCAGAAAGUGCCUUUGGCUACUUCAUCACUGCCUGCGGGGUUAUUGUUCUGGCAAUCAUCUGUUACCUGGCCCUUCCCCGACUGGAAUUCUAUCGGUACUACCAGCAGUUCAAGCUCGAAGGGCCUGGGGAGCAGGAGACCAAGUUGGACCUCAUUAGUAAAGGAGAGGAACCAGUAGCAAACAAAGAAGAGUCCAGAGUUCCAGCCCCCGGCUCUCAGCCCACCAACCAAGGCCACUCUAUCCGAGCCAUCCUCAGAAAUAUCUUAGUCCUGGCUCUCUCCGUCUGCUUCAACUUCAUGGUGACCAUCGGGGUAUUUCCCGCCGUGACCGCUGAGGUCAAGUCCAGCAUCGCGGGCACCAGUGCCUGGGGAGACUACUUCAUUCCUGUGUCUUGUUUCUUGACUUUCAAUGUCUUUGACUGGUUGGGCCGGAGCCUCACAGCUGUAUUUACGUGGCCUGGGAAGGACAGCCACUGGCUGCCAAGCCUGGUGCUGGCCCGGAUGUUGUUUGUGCCCCUGCUGUUGCUGUGCAAUGUCAAACCCCGCCACCACCUGGCUGUGGUCUUCGAGCACGACGCCUGGUUCAUCAUCUUCAUGGCCGCCUUCGCCUUCUCCAACGGCUACCUCGCCAGUCUCUGCAUGUGCUUUGGGCCCAACCUUCAGAACAUUCCAGAACAUACCCCAAGCCUCCCAGGAUCUGGAGCUCCCAUGUAAUCCACCCCGGGUGAAAGCAGCAAGGUCCUUCCUGAUGUCUAACCCUAGUCCCUCCUGUUUGUGAGUUCCUAAGCACUCAGUAGCACUGCCACAGCCCUGCCAGUGCCUUAUCUGGGCACAGGUGGGCCAAGCAGGCACCGGGCCCAGAAAUCCAGUCAGGUGAGAACUGUACAUUGGCCAGUGACUUGUGUCUGGGGCGGGUUAGGUGGCAGGCAGAGUAGUUAAAUAGGUCAGGGUUGUUUGUGGUAGAACCCCUCCUCCCCCCACACCUUCCCCUGCCUGUAAUUUACUCUGCGCUGAACUGAUUUGGGGUUAAGUUUUACCUUAGUCAAAGGGACCUUGAAACACUGAACAACACCCAAGACAAAAAGGCACACCUGGUGUACAUCAUGGGAGGAGGACAACAGACAAUUUAGACCUGACCUGACAGUGACAGGCAGGACUUAUUUACACCCCCCUUUAGGUCACUGAUACUAUACCCUCAGAGGGUCAAGACACACUCAUAUGUGUAUUAAUAGAGUAGGUACCAAAGAUACCCUAGUUACAAUUUCAAAAUGGCUUAGGUCAUAACUCUGGUCUUUUCACUACACUUGCCUGGGAAAGGCUGUUCUUGCCCAUGACUUCAGCCAUCAGUCUCUGUCUCCAGGACAUUCUUUAUCUGGUAUCCCAUAACAUGCUUAAAAUGGACUCUUGGCCCCCUCUGACACAGAGUGGUCCUCCUCCCCUGCCUUCAGCCCUCAUAUUCCAUCAUUCUACCACAGAAAAGAUGAACACCAUGCCUUUUCCCCACCCCUGGGUGAUCUCCCCACUUUCAGCUUCUGCCUUCUCCAAGCUACAUCCCCUGGAGUCUCCAAGUGUUUUUUGUUUUGAGCAACACAAUUAACUGGCUUGACUUAAUAGAUUUAACAUAUUUAGACUUUUAUCCAAUAACUAAAUAAUAUUUUUCUCAACC